AUGGACGUUUUACCAAGUAAAAUCGACACAAAGGAAACAAAAGAAGAAAAACCCUUGCUUUCAAAAACGACACCACCACACAUUAACAAUUCCCAAAACUUCAUUUUUAUAUCACAACAACAAAAAGAGGAAAAAAUAAGACCAAAAAGUAACAGUCUGUCUCCAUCGUUGCCUGUAAAGGUCUAUCCCGUCUUACCUAAUUUUGCUAACAACAAGAAGCCAAUUGGCAAGAUCUCUCCACCCUUAAUAUUCCCAAAUAAAACAAGAGAAAUUAAAAACGAUUUCAAUAAAAAGUCGCCGAGUAUUCAACAUCCUCAAAAGUCGAUUUUAGACACCACCGAUGUCGACUUUCUGGUGAUUGAAAAUUGUCGAGCAAACUUUUACGAGUGGAUUUCAUGUGCGAAGUUUGAGGUCUUAUAUGACAGCGAGAGGCCGAUUCCGAUUACUAAAAGUUGUUCGCAAGACUUUUUCAAGAAGGUCUAUAACAUUCCAAAAUGCGCAUUCUUUGUGUUUUGUGAAGAAUGUGUGUUUGGGUUUUACAGCGAAAGUCAGACGUUGUAUUUGUCGCCACUCGACUUCUUGUUUGGAGUCAAAGCGACUGCGAGGAGUGUCAAUAAACGGCCAAAUCGAUUUUUUGUGCCUCAAUUUUCUCAAAAUGUUUUGUUCACACUUUUUGGGGAGAAGCAAAAUCGAAGCGAAAGAGGAAGAGACUUGUUUGCGCUUGAAGUGGGGUAUAAAAAUGUUUUAAGUGUGAGACAAAAGGAGGACAAGUCAUUCCAAAGAGAAAUUGGAAACAUUUUGUAG